AUGUUUCGCCGACAAUUUUUUACAUAUUUUCGAUAUCUGUUUUAUGAAAAAAUUCUGUUACAAUAUAAUCCGACGUUACAAGUUAAACCUCAAAUAAUCAGUCGACUCUCAACAAGUCUUGAAAGAAGGAUACAUUUAAAUGCUACAAAAAUAAAUUUUUUGAAUAAUGAUGACAAAAAUAACUCUAGUUCGGAAUCUCAAGAAGACGAUCCCUUUAAAAAGCCAAAAGAAGGUGAUAAAUGUCCAGGGUGUGGUGCAAUUUUCCAAGCACAAGAUGAAACAAAAGCCGGGUAUCUAGUGACAAAUAUGUCUAGAUUAAUGGAAGAUGAUAAUUACAAUAAUAUCACGAACAAUUCAUUUGAAAAGUAUAAGCGAAAAAGAGCAGCCGAACAAGGAACAUUUGAUAAAGUUUUCGCCGCGAUGGAUGAAGAAAAUAAAAGAUUACUCUAUCCACUUGGACUUCCGGAUUCUGCUGAUUCAGAAAAUCAGAUUAUUGGAAAAGUAAAGCAACCAAGAAAUCCACGCGUCUUUUGCCAAAGAUGUUAUAAUUUGAUGCACAAGAAUCGCCUUCCAUCUCCCAACUGGCAAGAUGCACUUGUAGGUUCUGACACAUCUUUUCUGAAGUUUCUGGCAAAGAAACCGAAUUCAAUUGUGCUUACCGUUGUAGAUAUUUUUGAUUUUCCUGGCAGUCUUUUAGCUCAUUUAGAGAAGUUAAUUGGUACGAGAACUCGAAAUAUCAUAGUUGCCAAUAAGAUUGAUAUACUACCUAAAGAUAUUCAUUAUGAUCGUAUUAAAAAAUGGAUCGCUUUCGAAUUGGAAGGUUUGGGUUUUACUAAUGUGGUGGACAUUCAUUUGACUAGCGCAGUGAAAAAUCUUGGUGUUCGGGAAUUGGUAAAUACAAUUGCCGAAAUGCGUAGCGCGAGUGACGAUGUUUAUUUGGUUGGCUGCACUAAUGUAGGAAAGUCUGAAUUAAUGAACAGCUUUUUAAGAACGAGUGCUGUGGGUGGAUGGCAACAUAAGGUUACCGCUUCUUUAGUACCGGGUACUACAAUGGGAAUGCUUGGUUUGCCAUUAUCAAUUUUCAAUGGCGCGUUCGGUAAGACGCUGGAAGUCAAGCAUUACUUCAAAGUGUCGAAACAUAUUUACGAUACUCCCGGGAUAGUCAAUGAAUCUCAAUUAUUGCAUUUACUCACGCAUGAGGAACUCAAACUAGUUAUUCCUCGCACAAGGAUAAAGCCUCUAACGUAUCGAAUUGAACCUGGAAAAUCGAUAUUCUUUGGCGGUCUGGGAAGGAUAGAUUACGUAUAUGGCAAUGUACCAAUUCUAUUUACCAUCUUUAGCAAAAUCCCAGUACAUAUAACAAACAUUACGCGAGCAAACGAAUUCUGCGACAAUUUAGCCAAUGGAAUCCAGCAAUCUGUAAUCGUGCCGCCAAUGGGCCCACCAGAACGUAUUCUAUCCUUUCCACCGAUGCAGCCAGUCAGAAAACGGAUAUUAGUAGACGGUCGUCAUGGAGGUAUUGGUGUGAAAGAUAUUGUGUUUUCCGGCGUUGGAUGGGCUUCGAUUUCGGGAACUUUUGAGAAUGCUGAAUUGAGUGUGCACUCUGCUGGUGGAAAAGGUGUUUUCCUUCGACAUCAUCCAUUAUUACCGUACGAGUACCGAGGACGAGUCGAAAAAUUGUUAGUGAAUAGAGUUCUUGUAAAAACAAAUCGAAAUUACAAUUAUGGACAAGUUCACCAUGUUAGGGAUUUAAGAGAACCUAGACGUUGGUGA